UGCGUGGGCAGCGCCCGCGGCCGCCUCGAGUUCCUGGAGAUCGGGGGCGGCGAGUCCCUGCGUUCCUACUGGAGCGUCUACCUGCCCAAAGUGCCCCUGCUCGUCUACGUGGUGGACGCGGCCGAUCACGCCCGGCUGCCGCUGGCAAAGCAGCUGCUUCAUCAGCUGCUCCAGGAGGACUCCUCGCUGCCCGUCGUGGUGCUCGCCAACAAGCAGGUACAAGCUCCCCCCUUUGAAUCCUGGCCCCUCGGCCCUUUCCAGAGGCUCCGAGAACUCGCAGAACCCAAGAAAGUCUUUUGUGCCAAUGAUCCCGGGCUCAGGUGGGGAAACCAGGAGCCCAUCUGGAGUCUCUCGCCUGCUGCGCUUGCUGCCCGGCCAUCCCCAAGGACGGUGGCCCUGGCCCAGCCCAAGCGGGAUUUCGAUGGCAGACCCCAGCGCAGAGGGAUGCAGGGGCUGCUGGACAAGGUGGCCGAGGGGAGGCAGAGCCCGAAGGUGUCUCAGGCCGCUCAGCAGGCAGUGGCGAGUCCCCGUGUCCUGGAGCUGGCUGCGGCCAGGAGCCUGCUUCCCGACUACAUGCCCCUGCGGGAUGCCGAGUGGCCCGUGUGCAAGGCAGCGACGCACGCGGUGCCCUCGCCGCGGCUCGUGGAGCUGGCCCAGCCUCGCAAGCGGCUCUCCAUGGACUUGACUCAGUUCAACCCCGAGGCGUUUGUGGUGAAGGAGUCCGCGAUGAAGGCCGUGUGCUCCGCUCGCCUCCAAGACCUUGCGCGCCCCGUUAAGCACUGA